AAAGCGUGUGCGCACUAGAUCGGCGGCAAUUUGUCAUACCGGCUGCGUUGAGUAAGUACCUACGAUCUCGUUAAAAUUUCCGUACGCACUGCGACCAAACCGACACUAUCAUCGUUAACAAAUCGCGUUCAUAUUAUACUCCAAAAUAACUGAACACUGCAAUAUAAUAUAAUAUAACAUGUCGUAUCGAACCGCGUCGCCCGCGACCACAAUUUUGCGUUAACGUCACGUCGUUGUACAUCACGAGGUGUGUAUACCUACCGGUAGCGACUACCACACGUUUUAAAAUAUUAAAAAAAAAAAAUUGUUUUUCGUUCUUCUAUCAGUUUCCGUGAUUCUUCGACGCUCAUCACCGCACCCUCGUUUCAGACGCGCGUUGUAUCGUGUGCCUGCACACCCCGUGAUCCGCUGCAGCGCCAUUGGCGAUUCCUGAUUCUUACGGGACUAGAACACCACCGCAGUUUAAUAAUAACACAAUAUACCAGGUAUACCUAACACGCGGUCCUCGAUCAACGCGGUAACCAUUGCGGUAAUCUACGCCAUACACCAACAACAAUGGACAGCAGCACGUUGAUUUUAAUAUGCAUUGCUGUAGCGCUCAUUGCUGUCGCGCUCAUCGGCCCGGUGGUUCGCAGACGCGAAUUUGUCGCCUCGUUUCGCUCCAUAGCGGGACCACCAUCUCUGCCGCUCUUCGGCAAUGCACUUCAGCUAAAUGGAUCCCCUUCCGAUUUCUUUAGACUUUUACUCGAAUGGCAUUCAAAAUUUGGAGACACGUAUCAAUUGUGGAUUGGUCUUCGACCAUUCAUUGCAAUGGCUGAUGCUGAUCAUAUUCAGCAAAUUUUGAAUUCGCCUAUUCAUAUUGACAAGAAUUUAGAAUAUGAUCUUCUACUUCCGUUUAUCGGCACAGGACUAGUGACAAGUUCAGGACCGAAAUGGCAUUCGAGAAGGAAGUUAUUGACUCCAACGUUUCAUUUUAGUAUUCUCGAAGAAUUCUUACCAUUAAUAGAAAAACAGUGUAAAACCUUAGUGAAGGUGUUAAGAAAAGAGCUCAAUAACGUUACUGGAUUCGAUAUAAAGCCUUACGCAAAAUUAGCUGCACUAGAUACCAUCGGUAUAACGGCUAUGGGCUGCGAGAUAAAUUCACAGGAAAAUUCUCAAAUGGAAUACGUUAAAGCACUGGACGAGCUUACUGCAAUCAUGCAGAAACGAUUUAUAACACCGUGGUUGAAACCAAAUUUUCUAUUCAACUUAACGUCUCUUAGUAAAAGACAAAACGCGUGUAUAGAAGUUAUACAUACAUACUCAAAAAAGGUUAUAAAAGAGAGGAAGGAAAAUUAUAAAUUAUUCAAUAGUCAUAUGUCAGAUGCGAAUAAAAAUGAAAUUCAUCAUGGUAAAAAAUAUAAUAAAGCACUAUUGGAUUUAUUGAUAGAAGUUUCUGCAGAUGGAAAAGUGUUAAGUGAUAAGGAUAUUCAAGAAGAAGUUGAUACUUUCAUGUUUGCGGGAGUUGACACAAGUUCCGUCACUUUUUCUUGGAUUAUGUAUGUCUUGGGUAAACAUCCACAUGUACAAGAUCGUAUACUAGAAGAAUUAGACGAACAAAUUCCAAAGUUCGGUGCUGUAAAAUUAUCAGUACAAAUGUUAAGUAAUCUUGAUUAUUUGGAGAGAACAAUUAAAGAGGUGCUACGACUUUACCCGUCAGUCCCAUUUAUUGGUAGACAAAUUUAUGAACCACUCACAAUCGGUGAUCACACUAUUCUGCCGGGGACGUCGAUUUUCAUAAAUGUAUUUGCUUUACACAGAAAUGAAAAACAUUUUGAAAAUCCGGAGAUGUUUGAUCCGGAUAGGUUUUUAAAGGAAAAUAAGAAUGACCGGCAUCCUUAUGCCUUCAUACCAUUUAGUGCAGGACCGAGGAACUGCAUUGGACAAAAGUUUGCAAUGCUUGUGCUCAAAAUAGCUGUUGCUACAGUGAUAAAAUCGUAUAGAGUUAAGUCAAUAGAUCCAGAGGAAAAGUUAGGCCUCGUCGGGGAAAUCGUAUUGAACGCACUGAACGGAAUCAACGUGACACUUGAAGAACGGACGUAGACCUAUCCUAGUGCUCAUUGACUAUAAUAAAUACAUUCAUUUUGUAUUGACUACUUCUACUGCAUAAUGUUAAUUUUAUUAAGUAUUACGUUUUUAACUAUAUUGGUAUAAUUUCUUAAGUUUUUAUGCAUUGGACAUUUUUUUUUUCAUUAUUAUUAUUAAUUAGGUAUAUAAGUUUAUAUUA